AUGCAGCUCACUGCUGGUUCUCAGUUAAAGGCUAAUGAUGCUGAAGCACUUCAUGACCUUGCUGUGAAGAUGAGAAAUUGCUAUGUUACACUUUCUCAUUGGAAAAAGGAACACAUGCUUGAUGCACAAUCGUAUCUUCGAGACAUCUUUGAUCGAUUGUCAUAUCAUUUACAAAUGGACUAUCUCAGGGAUGAAUCACGGAAAAAUGGUCCAAUUCCAUCCUACAUGCAUUUACUAGAAUAUGUUGAAAAAAUAGCUCACCUGAGCAACACAUUUUAUGGUCUACUCAUGACCGAACACUAUGUCAAAAGUAGGCAGCCUGUUAACACUAGACCUCGCUCAGCUAAAACAUACACAACUACAAGUUCUACAAUUGCAACUACAAGGGAAAAGAAAAGUGACAACAAAUCCACCAAGAAUACUCAAAUUCGAUGUCUAUGUUGCGGUGAUUCACACUUUUUGUAUCACUGCACGAAGUUCAAAGAUAAAGAUACCAAACAGAGUAGAGACUCCGUUCGAGAAUACAAGGCAUGCUUCAACUGUUUGCAUGCAGGACACAGCGUGAAGGAUUGCAGGUCUACAUAUACAUGUCAAGUUAACAACUGUAGAAAGAAACAUCACUCACUUCUUCAUGAUGACACACUGUCUUCUCAAAAACUCGUUAAUUCUAAUGCAAAAUCCAGUGACUCAAAUGUACUACAGAGUUUUCUGUCGCUGACAAGAAAGCAUUGA